UGCACGUCCGCCGCCACAGCUCAGGUCUCGAGCUAGUGGGAGGGAAGCUAGCACGCUGUGUUUGAAGUAGAGUGGGGCAUCAGUUGUCCUUUUAUCUUCCUUAAUUUCAAGUACCACCUUUACAAAGUUAACAAAGUAAAUAUUCUUCAUUAACCCAGCCCAGAAACGAAGACACAACACUUCCGGUGUGACUUGUAACUAUUAUGGCUGGCAGCACCAUCAAGACUGUGCACGAUAUUUUUCAAAGCAUGGAGUCCGGACCUGCAGCAGCUUCCAGCAGCGCCACUGCACAGGCCUGGCUGCAGCAUCAUUCCCGUUCUCUGGGUCUGUUCAUCGAUGGGAAGUUUGUCUGUCCAGCCGACAGACAGAGUUGCUCCCUGACUGAUUCUAAAGGUGUUAACGUGUGCAGCACAGUGUGCGCUGUGGAGGAAGACGUUUCCCAGUGCGCCUCCUCUGCUGUUAACGGCUACAAGGCGUGGAGCAGCCUGAGCUGCUACCAGAGAGCCAAAGUGCUGCUCAGGUUAGUGAGUGUCCUUGGGCAGCACGGUCAGUGUGUGUCGGAGUUGUGUGAGCUGUGUGACGCCGCCUGCUCGCCCUCCGCCCUUGUCAGACUGCUGCAGUACUACAGUGGCUGGGCUCAGCUCAGAGACACGCUCAUCACUGACUGGACACCGCUGGGUGUGGUGGCCGUGGUCGUCUCUGAUGACUGCUCUCUCUACUCCCUCAUGCUCAAAGUCCUGCCAGCACUGGCCAUGGGGAACUCCGUCAUCGUCGUCCCUGGUCGGAGCAGCGCCCCUCCAGCGCUCCUGUUGGCCCAGCUUUUUACAGGAGCAGGACUUCCUGCCGGAGCUCUUAAUGUUUUAACAGGAAGUGACCUGUCGCUGGGCGCCAAAGUGGCCCAGAACUCCAGCAUCAGCUACGUCACCUACAGCGGCAACAAGCAGGAUGGGAUGACGCUGUGUAAGGCCACAGCAGGGAUGGGCGUUCCCGUUUCUAUCUCACCCUACAUCGGCGCUAGCUGUCCCUUCAUCAUCUUUGAGUCAGCUGACAUUGACAGCGCAGUGGACGGAGUGAUGGAGGCGGCGUUCAAGAGGAAACGAGAGGUCCACUGGGUGCUGUGUGUGCAGGAGAGCGUGCUGGACAGUGUCGUGGCUCGUCUCAGGCUCUGUAUGGCCGGGAUGAAGUGUGUGUCCCUGCACAGUGAUGGGGCCAGGCUCCUGGUGGACGUUGCAGUACAGGACGCUCAGCAUCAGGGGGCGACGUUGGUUCAGUCCUGCGCUGCCCCCCCCUCAGGUGCUCAGUACCCUCCCACAGUGCUCUGCGGGGCAGCCCCCUCCUCUCCAUUCGUGGUCAGCCCUCCUCCUGGACCACUGCUGCCGCUCAUGACCUUCAGAAGCAACACAGAGGCAGUGACGCUGGGAAACCACAGCCCUCAUGGUCAGGCAGCCUCCAUCUGGACUGAAGACCUCACACUGGCUCUGGAGACAGCCAAGAGUCUGUCAGUUGGCUCUGUGUGGGUGAAUUCCCACUCUGUGUCUGACCCCUGUCUGCCUGUCUCCGGUCACAAAGACAGCGGCACCUGCACUGACGGAGGACAGGAGGGUCUGUACCAGUUCCUACGUCUGUCCUCGUCCUCUCCUCCUCUUCCUCGCUCCUCACCCGUCUCUAUGGACUACUCAAAGUAUGGAACAGCAGCGUCUCCAGCAAUCAUUCCUGAAGACUGUGACGCUGCCAGUGCUCCAAAGUCCUACCUGCAGUUUGUUGCUGGUAAAGCAUGUAAAUCAGUGUCUGGCUGCAGUGUGGUGGUGCAGUCACCAGGGGGCGGCAGCGUGUUAGCCUACUGUCCAGAUGGAGGUCGGAAGGACGUCCGCAAUGCUGUGGAGGCUGCUGCCAAAGUCCAGCCUGGCUGGAUGAAAAAGACACCGUCUGCACGCGCUCAGUUGCUCCACUCUCUGGCUAAGGGCCUGGAGGCAAAGAGGCGGGACAUAGCCGCGUCAAUCAACGCUCAGACUGGUCUCUCAAUGGACGAGGCUGAUCAGGAGGUGGAGCUCAGCAUCAACAGGCUCAGUGAUUGGGCGGCUUACUGUGACAAAGUCCAAGGAGGAACUCCACCUCUGCCACAGUCCGGCUCUGCUCUCUCCCUCCCUGAAGCCCUGGGAGUCGUGGGGGUCGUCCUCCCUGACAGGAAUCCCCUCCUCUCUAUGGUGACACUUCUUGGGGCAGCCAUCGCCAAUGGCAACGCCGUCAUCAUGGUCCCCAGUCAGAAGUAUCCACUUUCAGCUUUGGCUUUCAUUCAGGUGCUUCAGUCUUCAGACCUGCCAGCAGGAUUGGUAAAUGUCAUCACAGGAAGUAGAGACCAGCUGACAGCCGCUCUGGCUAAUCACAGCGUCAUCAGGGCCAUCUGGUACUGGGGCAGUGCUGAGGGCUGUCAGUAUCUCCAGCACACCUGCAGCAGCCCUCUGAAGACCCUCCGUCUGAUCUGUCAGAAGGAAGCUGGAGGGACGGACUGGACUCAGUGUCGUCCCUCGCUCCUGGAGGAGAUGUGGAGGAACGCCGUCCAGUGGAAGAGUGUCUGGAUUCCCACUGCAUAAGCAGACAAAGAUGGAGGGUCAGGUAUCAGCUGUAGAGUAGAACUGUGACCUGAAGGAUCUGUGUUUAACAGGAAGGAUUAAGAAUGAAGCGUGACCAUGAAAUCUUAAGACGCCCCCCAGUAACUGACAGUUAGCUAAACCCCACAUGCCUCACUCAAGGCCAAAACACACCAGCGGUGAGUGACAAGUGUCAAAAAACACACCCCCUGUUUUCUAUGUACAACCUCACACCAGGCGUGCCUAGACGCGGCGCCCCGUGGCACUUCAGACCACUGUCCUGUCUCCAGCCUGCCGCCCCCAGAAUUAAAUGCAUUUCCCCCACUUAUGUGAAUGAUCAAUAAGGAACGCUCCUUUUGGUUUCACGUUUUAAUAUCAAGUCUUUUUGGAUCUACUGUAAUGACUUAAAAACAGGUGAGAAAAGGUUUUGGCUGGAUAAAAUGAUAAAGACAAUCUUUGAAUCAGGUGGAAAAAUAAUAUUUGCCAGAUUAAAAAAAGCUUUGCCAGGAUCAUUUUUCUAAAUUCCUUAAAGGAGAACUAAUGUUUUUUCAACCUGGGCCCUAUGUUCAGAUCUCCUUUUGUCUAAAUGAGUGAUAGGAUGUUCAAUAUGUGACAUUUCUCCAGUAUGAAGCUAGGGCUGACCUGCCUGCAGCCCGUGAGCGCGCGCUAUAUUAAAUAAUAGGGCACUCAGACAGCGUCAAACAACGUCAAAAUACGUCCACUAAAAGUGCAUUUUUUUCACACAGAUAGGCUCGGAUUGUUAGUAUAAUUAUCUGACAACAUAACGGAAAGGAGAAAUGAACGUGUGUGUUUACCUUUAGCUGGAUUCAGACAUGUUCCUCUGCCUGUUGCUGCUCCCUCUCUCUCCUCGUCCGCUCUUCAGUUUCAAUGAGCUCUGCGUCCGUGUACUCCGUGUUCAAAUAAAUACAGGCGCUCAUCAAAUUCAAAUGGCUCAUCCAGAUCCAGUUGGUCAAAAACUUUUUUCCUUUUUUGUGAAACCUGGUGGGGAAAAAGGUUUUCUGGGAUCCUUUUUGUCAAAAUUCCCUUUUUUUUUUUUUUUUUUUGGUUGGGGAAAAAUUGCCAGGUGCCAGGAUCAUUUCCUUCAAUCUUCUGUCAUUUCCUUUUUCUUUUUUUUUUUUUUUGUGAAACCUGUGCAAAAAAAAUGCCUGGAGGCGAGAAACAGGUUUUCCAGGAACAUUUUUAUAAAUUCCAUAUUGCCAAAAUCCCAUAUCUAGUAUUCCGUAUUGUCGGGGUAAUUUUUCUAAAUUCUUUAAUUUUUUUUUUCAUCUCUCCAUCAGGUGUAAAAUAAUUGUCUGAUGGGGGAGAAAAUGUUAUGCCAGGAUCAUUUUUCUGAAUUCCUUAAGUAGGAAAAAAAAAUCUUUUUAUGAUCUUUUGAAGUUCCUUCUUUUUUCAUCUGUAAAACUGGUGGAGAAAAAAGCUUUGACAGAAUUAUUUGUCUAAAUUCCUUAAUUUCUUCUUUUUUCUGUGAAACAGGUGGAAAAAAUAGUUUUGCCUGAAAUUUCAUAAUUCUUUUUUUCCAUUUGUAAAACCAGGUGCAGGGAACAGAAAGUUUUUCACAGGAUCAUUUUUUAGAAAUUCUGUUUGUUUUUUUUCCAUCAGUUUUUUUCAUCUGUGAAGAAUUUUUGCCAGGUGGAGAAAAAAUGUUUUGCCAAGAUAAUCUUUCAGAGUUCCUUUGUUUUUUACUGGUCAACUGGUGGGGAAUUUUUUUAAAUAUAUAUAUUUAUUUUUAUUUGUUUGUUUGAUCCUUACAAAAACAAAUUCACAUUUUUCACCUCUUUUCACAAAUUAAAAAAAAGUAGAAAAAUGACGAGGACAAAACCAAGUGUCAACUGUUUAACAGAUGGAAAAAAGAAUUAAGGAACUUUAAAAAAUGUCCUUCUAAAACCUUUAUUUUCACUUGUUCUUCAGUCAGAAACACAGCAGAGAAAACAAUUUAGAUCAGACUUAGAAAAUGAUCACCAUAGUUUCUUUGUCUCGCUUGUCUCUCAGAGCCUCUGUAAAUAGUUUGAAUCAAAUGUCUCAGUUGUAGUAAAAGUUUUCUACAAUCCAUCCUGUUUCAGUCUACAGCUUCAAGCCUGAUCUGCCUUCAAGUUCUGUUGAUGACGGAGCAAACAUGUUCAACGUUGCGUCAUCAGUCUGAACACACAAAUACACUGUGCUGUAUAUCUUUAUUACUGUACAGUAACACUGUGCCUGUUCGCCACACAGGUUCAGUUGGUGCAAACAUUCCCAAUGAAAUGUCAUUUGUUUCCAUGUCCAAGUUCACAUUGUUAAUAAAAGUUUUUCCAGUCUGUGUGUGUGGAGAAAAACUAAAGCCAUAAUUAAAAGAAUAUAAUUAAAUGAA